AUGAACCCAUCUACGCCGCCCAAGACCAAAAAGAAACAAACGCCAACGCAAGAAACAACUACAGGGACAGGGGGGAGGUUUCUGGGUGUUCGAAGGAGGCCCUGGGGAAGAUAUGCGGCCGAGAUUCGAGACCCUUCCACCAAAGAAAGGCAUUGGCUGGGCACCUUCGACACCGCCGAGGAAGCCGCCUUGGCCUAUGACAGAGCCGCCCGCUCCAUGCGAGGCCCACGUGCUCGCACCAACUUCGUCUACUCGGACAUGCCACCUACCUCUUCUGUCACCUCCAUUAUCUCUCCUGAUGAACCCCAACAAAACUUCUCCUCCCUCUUUGUCCCUUCCACUCCCACACAACCCCUUUCAAGUGGUUUUCCGGCUAUCGGAGACCACCAGCUCUGGGCUUCCAGUUAUUGUCAUCAAGAACCCGUCAUUGACAACAACCAUUCAACCCAUAAUCAAUAUCACACUGAGCUCCCUCCUUUACCCUCCGACGACAUUUCUGGAUGCCUGAGUGUGCCGGAAUGUGGUGAUAAUAUUAAUCUGAUGGGGCCGUACUCGGAGCAGACAACAACGGGGUUCGAGUACAUGGGGAUGGAGUCAAUGGAGUACAUGCAUAGCCCACUUUUUAGCAGGAUGCCGCCCGUUUCGGAUACGCUGCCUGAUGGUUUUGAUUUGGGCUCUUCAUCUUAUUUCUUCUGAACCCUUCAAUUCUACACGUACGCCGGAGUGGACCUGUUCAUUCUCUUUCAGCUUAUUUUGGGUUUUUCUUUUCUUUUUCUUUUUUUGGUGUGUACGUUA